AUGGAUUUUGUUUUCCCAGUAUUUGUUCCAGCGAGCGACUGUGUGGUGGAAAAGACUGUUACGGAGAAAAAGUCACUUUGGGAACUUGUCAUUGAGGCUUCAUCCAACCGGACGUAUUCCCGGACAACUGAUGCCGAUACCGUGUACUGCGCGCGCCCAGAUGAAGGCGCGAAUGCUUACGGUAAGCCCGAGGGCGACGAUAGCGAUUACGAGAAGGAGGCUUCCGCAGCCAUCGCACCCACCUCCAGGAGUUCGUGGAUCCCAACACCGUACAUGACGAAAAAUCUUCUUUCCUCGGGGUUCGUUUCUCAGUUUUGCACGCUAAAUGCUAUCGAGUGCUCGGCGAGAGUGCCACCGCCCCCGUGCCUGCGUUUGGAGGACUUACAACUACCGCCAGUGGCUCUGAAACGUCUGCGCGAGCAGUUGUUGCAGUCAUUGCGCAAGAAGUUUCGUACGGGGAGUGUUGUUAAGUCGUUCCACACAUCUCAAAAAACGGACGAACCAGACCUGCGAGAGCUGCGAGAAAUCGUGCUUAAUGGUGCUACGGGGGAGCAAGAAGGAAAGCAGUGUAGUGAAGAAGAAAGGGUUGAAUGCAUGGCUGCAGGCGGCGAUGAUGGGGAGGGGGAGGAUAGGUUGGUCCUGACGGCAUUGCAGCAGGUGACGUUAACAUCGAUGCUACUUGGCCACCACACGGUAAGCGUCGCACCACAUGGAACGGGGAAGAAAACUGCGGGACUCAUAGCGACGGCCGCCCUCACACUAGCAAGAGAAUGUGAUACACUGAAGGAAUCUUUGAAAAAGGAGGAACAACAGCAAGAGGUUAAGGAGGAAUCAGAAAAGAGUCAAACAUUUCCCUCGUUGGCCCCACGGGCCAUAGUACUUCUCAGCAGCUUCCGCGAGCUGCAACGGUGCAACCGAUGGCUUCAGUAUGUUUUCACUGCUGAGGCAUUUGUACCUCUCACCUUCCGCCGCGGCACGGCCCAACUGGUGAAACUGCCCGUGCUGUUCGCACCUCCGCCCCGCAGGCCCGUUCGUGCCUUACUCGAUCAUCCCGUGCAGCCUCCAUUGGACUUACUGCCACAACAACAACCCGUACCACAGGAACCAGAGGACCGUCAGGAGCCCCGGGUACUUGAAGAGGAGGCUCAGGAGAGACAGGAGAGUUUGCGUGAAUCUGACCACCGAGGGCACAAGAGACUGCGUGAGCUCUCGGACGAUUGUCACCACCGUCGGGGACACCGUUACCGCAGCCGUAGCCGAAGUCUAAGGCAGCGUCAUCGCCACCACCACCGUCGGGACCGUCACCGCGGAAGCAGCAGGUCGGUAACGGGACGCGAGGUGGAGGGGCGAAAGCAGAGAUAUCGUGAUUGUUCUGAGGACCGGAAGCGGAGGAGACGCAGCCACAGCGGAAGGGGAAGAAGGGAGAGAUCUCGCCGCCGCUACCGCAGCAGAAGCCUAAGGUCAGACAGCCAUGAGCGUAACGGAGGUCGUCGUGGCACACAUAAGCGGGACCCACCCCGUCCCCACUCGUCUCACUCAAACGUGGCUGAGGGUACCCGGAAACCAAGUGACCAACAAAAAGGAGAUGAUGCACCUCACUCGGCAGCACCACCACUACCUUCUUCAACGCCACCAGAGCCGGCACAGCUGACGGUACGCCAGUCCGUUCUUGACGACGUGGAGGAAGUCCCGCAUUGCUUACAGCAGCACGUGCCUAUACUCCUCGCAACGCACCAGUCCUUUGCAGAUGCGCUGCAGGAGGUGCGUGGGCAGGCUGAAAUGCUGCCAUUCGAGUGUAUUCGUGUUGUGUGUAUCAGUGAUGCAGAUCGCGUGGCGCAACCAAACUCCCAGGCUUCCCUCCUCCCUUCGUGGUGGGUUUCUUUCUCGAACGCCGUUGACGUAGAUUGUCAGUUUAUUGUUUCGGCUUCUCGCAUGCUUGACGAAGUAGACACAUGGCUGCGGGAGACAGUUCUUAAUGAUACGCCGAAUGUGAUAAAUCGUUACCGCCAGCGGGAUGAUACCGUGUGGCUCGCCGUUCAACACAUAAUAGAGGUCGUACAUGUAGAUGAACCCACCGACUACAGGCAAUCGAGGCAGUCUUAUGAGGGUGUGGAAGGGGCCAAACUUGAUCGGCUUGCCGACAUCGUCACACGCCACUUUUCGCCGCCUCAUGGCACUGGUGCUGCCGAUGGUGCAGCAGGCAAUGUAGCGGACGCUUCAUCUCCACACCAUGCAUCGUCGGUGGUGGGACGCCUAAUUGUCAUGGUCUCUUCGAGGAAGGAACAGGAGGCGGUGUUUUCCCAUUUGUUUUCUCUACUUCAAUCACAGAGCGACCGGGUUCGUUGUACGUGUCAGUGGGAGGAAUUCCAGCAAGGUAAUGCUGAUUUGCUUGUAGCAUACGACUGGAUGGUAACCAUUGCCCACGACCACAGUGAGGGUGAAAGCAGGAGCCACUGCCCGGUUAGUGUGGUGGUAAACUAUAGUUUUCCGCGCAUGUUGUUGGCACCUGGGAAGGAAGAGUCUUUGCUGGAAUGUCUUGUCAUUCGGACGCGUAGCUUACUGUGCGGUUACGCGCCUGCUGGUGUUAAUGAUCACCCGAAAGACCAAAGGAGUGGUGUCUUUGGAAGAGAGGGGAAUAUCACUAGGAUGCCCCUCAGUGUCUUAACGAUUUUAACUGCGAGGCAGGUGCACGGGCGACUUGGCAGAUUGCUACAGCAGCGCGCUCAAGCUCUAACGUCGGAGUGA